AUGUAUUCGGGAGCCGGGAAUACAUGUGCUUCGAAAAGCAGUUCAACCUGUGCGAGGCGGAGACUCGUGAAGCCUGCAUGGGCUACGAUGGAUCCGCGGAUGUUUGGACGCUUGGAGUCGGCAAUCCUCCGGAUGAUCUCUUUCUUUCCUAAUCAGCAAUGGCAGCGCCUUCAACCCGAUUUUGCUUACACAAUGUAUCAAGAGCGAAUGCCCUUUAAAUGGAUUAUUGCUGAUUUGACGAUUUCCGACGAAUGGGGAAAAAAUCAGGAAAUUUGGGUGUUCACCAUUAAAGCUGCAAAACGCUCUACACUGCCCAACUUCUUGCCUCAAAACGUUGAGGAAAUUUUGCAGUGCCACCGUCAAAACAAGACAGCAAAUAUCUCUACGAUCGAUUCAUCUGUAUUCUUGACUGGCCAAACCGAGAUCAAAGACAUCCCCGCGGAAUUUUAUUGGGAUGAUUGUGGAACAUGGAAGUUAAUCGAGAAGGCUAUCUUCGAGUAUCAAGGAAGGAUUCACCGAGUAAAACCAAGCACUGACGCCAUGCUAAGCACUUCCGUGAUGAAAGAUCAAGUCUGCCGAUCAAAUCUACAACACGAGGAGCUUGCUACACGACGUCUCAAUUCGGAAAACGAAACCCUCAAAGCAAGUGUAGCUGCCGUGCGGUGUGAGAUGUCAGUUCUUAUUUCACUGCACAAUCAAGAGCUAAGCGGCUUACGAGCUACAUGUGCGCAACGUGAAGAAGAAAACGUCAACUUCAAGAAAACCAACGACAAGCUGACUGCGCUUUCGCUUACGCCGCAACAACCUGCCAAGUCCGCGACUACCAUCGAACAAAUGGAGCAUCUUUGCGAGGAGAAUCAGCGACUGUUGGAGGAGCCGAGGAACCACGCACUCAUGACCUAUGUAUAUGACUUGGAGGCUAAAAUGAAGACUCAACAUUCAGCACCUCACGAUACCACAAAACAUCCUGAAUCAUUAAAGAUGCUCGUUGAUUGGACAGUGGUCAAGAAUUCGAGUGUUGUUGCUAACAGGUUCCAGUUGAAGACGCCGAUUGCUACGAAUUUGGAAAAGAUUGAAAGCAGCUGGGAAAGCCGAGUGGAUAAAUGCGAAGCAACGAUCACUCGAUUCGAGAAGAAGAUCGCUCAAAAGAACACUCUCAUCGAUGUAGAU